AAACGGAGAACCAUACGUUUAAGUUUCCACCAUUUCUUGAUUUUUCUUAUAACUUUCAAGAUGAUAUUUUUUGGUAGGGGGUCCCUUCAACUUGCCUGUGCACUUGUAAUUUUACUACAUACGGGAAGUGCUGUUGGAUUCAAUUCAACAUCCGCAGCUGCUACGGCAAGGUGCGUUAAGAGGGAAAGACAAGCACUUCUCAUGUCUAAACAAAGUUGUAAUUGCACCAAACCAGAAGUCCUUCUUCAGUUUGAGUCUGCACUCCGGAUUGACCUGCAAAGCCCCGAAGUUGACUUCGAGCUAUUUGAGCGGGAAAUUUUGGAUUUAUCCUUUACUUCGGUUAUAAAGGAAUUACCGUCGUAUAUCCGAGGUUGGACACCUCGGACCUACCCUUACAAAAGUCUAGUUGAUAAGCAUGGUGUGCUUUCCACAUGGGGAAGUGAAGAACGGAGAAAGGAUUGCUGCAGCUGGACAGGAGUUAAGUGUACCGACAAAACUGGGCACGUAAUUUGGCUUGAUCUUCAUGAUAAAUCUUUUAGUGGUACGCUAAAUCCUUCUUUGUUUGAAUUGCAGCAUUUAACUGUUUUGAACCUCAGUUGGAAUUAUAUUACUUCUAGCCGCAUUCCAAAGUCAAUCAGUUCACUCAAGCAAUUAAAAUAUCUUGACCUUUCCUUUAAUAGUUUAAGUGGAUCUCUUCCUAGUCUGCUUGGAAACCUUACAAUUCUGCGUUCCCUUGAUCUUCGUUUUAAUGAAUUUUACAAUGUUGAAAAUCUUGGGUGGCUCUUUCAUCUUUCUUCUUUGAAACACCUUGAUCUGAGUGGAAUUGACCUUAGUAAGGUUAAUAGCUGGCUGCAGGUGGUUAAUAAGCUUCCUCAUCUAACCAACCUAGAGCUCAAUUUGUGUAAUCUUCUAAAUGUCGUUCAACAACCUCUCCCCAUGAUCAAUACUUCUACUUCUCUUGCUGUCCUUGAUUUAUCAUCUAAUAACUUGAUUGCUCCACUGUUCCAAUGGCUUUUCAACUUUAGCAAUAUUCUUGUCCAUCUUGACCUAUUUGGAAAUCAGUUACAAGGUUUUAUUCCAGAAUCUUUUGGUAACAUGAUUUUCCUAGAAGAACUAUACCUCGGAAGUAAUCAAUUUGAAGGUGGGAUUCAAAUAUCCUUCGGCAAUUUGUGCAAAUUAAGGCUUUUGGACCUGUCCUCUAACAAUCUCAAAGCAAUGCUUCCUGAGGUCUUUGGUAACUUAUCCGGAUGUCUAGACCUUACCUUGGAGACUCUCAAUACACUAAAUGGGACUGCACCCAACUUCAUCGGACUCUUGUCCGAGCUUCAGGAAUUGUACAUCAGUGAAAAUUCUUUAAAUGGGGUGAUCACUGACGCACAUUUCUCAAAGCUCUCCAAGUUAAAAGGGUUGGCAAUGUCUUCUAAUUUUUUGAGCUUCAACAGUAGUCUUGACUGGAUUCCUUCUUUCCAGUUGGAUGACAUAUUUCUCAGUUCUUGCAAGUUAGGUCCAAAAUUUUCAAAAUGGUUACAGACUCAAAAAACCUUCUCGUCUCUUGAUAUCUCUAGUAACGGAAUUUCAGAUAGCAUUCCCAAGUGGUUUUGGGAAUUAUCUUCUAGAGUGAAUUAUUUAAAUAUUUCUUGCAACCACAUCUAUGGAAUUCUGCCAUAUUUGUCAAUGAAGUUUUCUGAUUAUGCUGGGAUAGAUUUUAGUCAAAAUAAGUUAGAGGGUCCAUUACCACUAUUCCCUGCUAAUAUCACGUCAUUAUUUCUCUCCAACAAUGGAUUUUCUGGGAAUAUUUCUUCUCUCUGUUCUACAUCCAGUAAGACCCUUGAGCUCCUUGAUAUUUCGUUCAAUCAACUGUCCGGAGAGCUUCCUGACUGCCUGCCGAGUUGGCCAAAUUUAAAGAUUCUAAGUUUGGGUCACAAUCAUUUAUUUGGGAAAAUUGCAAGCUCUACUGGAUCUCUUAACAAGCUUGAAACGUUUGGUUUGCGCAACAACAGCUUUUCUGGUGAAAUACCUUCGUCUUUAGGAGACUGCAAUCACUUGCAAUUUGUGGACUUGAGUCAUAACAAUUUCUCAGGACCAGUAGCAGACUGGAUUGGAGGAAGACUCGGCUAUCUAACCUACCUUCUGCUUGGAUCCAAUAAUUUCUACGGAGAUAUCUCCUUACGGCUAUGCCAACUGACAAAUAUUGUUGUACUAGACUUCUUUAACAACAGUCUGUCCGGAAGCAUACCAUGGUGCAUUCAUAAUAUGACUACCUUGACCAGAAAGGAGAAUUUAGACAGUGAUCACUCACAUUUAUUUAGAUCUAUAGGCAGGUAUUUCCUUAGUGAAGAUGUCUAUGUUGACAAAGCGAACAUUGUGUGGAAAGGAGAAGUAUAUGAAUUUGAAAAAAAUCUCAAGAAUUUGAGGCUUAUUGAUCUUUCAAGCAACAAAUUAAAUGGAGAAAUUCCACAGCAGAUAUGUAGUCUCUUUGAACUGGUGCAAUUGAAUUUAUCAAGAAAUCAAUUGACAGGAAGGAUUCCAGCAGAUAUAGGACAGAUGAGAAACUUAGAAUCACUUGAUCUGUCACAAAACCAACUUUCAGGCCAGCUUCCUUCAAGCAUGUCCCAGUUAAGUUUUCUCAACACCUUGAACCUGUCUAAUAACAACUUUUAUGGGAGAAUUCCAUCAAGCACGCAAUUGCAGAGCUUUUCUGCUUAUGCAUUUGAUGGUAAUUGUGCAUUAUGUGGGCCUCCGCUAACACCAAGAUGCCCAGAAGAUGAAAAACCGUUGGAUAGUGGUGGCAGAUAUAUCUGAGAUGACGAGAGUGAAUUAUGGAAAGGAUUUAAACCCAGUAUGCCACUUGGAAUGGCUUUUGGUUUUUUGGGAGUUCUGGCUUUAAAGUUGGAUCAUCCAUGGAAACAUGUCUGUAUCCUGCUGUUCAACUACAUGAAGAUCCACCCCAAUAACUUGAAGGACAACCUUUGUUGGAUAGUGGCAGCACUUGGUUUAGCGGUAAAAGGGAAUGCUACCAGAUUACGAAGAAAGUUGAGGUUUUAAAACCCAUCACUCUUUUUGGACUACUGUGGAGAAGUGGGUAUAUAUGUAUUAAGUUUGUUUAUGCUAUCUUGUUGAUUAAGAGCAUUACUUCCUUGAAUAACAAAUCACCUUUGACUGUUUUUCUCCAGGUUCAAAAUGUGUGUCAAGGCUUCAGCCUUCAAGGACUCAACUUCUCUGUUGAAUUGAGAUUCCAGCGUUCAUUUUCUGCCCUCGCAAAAUUCCACAUCUGGCUUCCUUUCUGAGUAGAAGUGUAUUUCAUUUUUUCAACAUGUGUGUUAUGUUGUGGCCUGAACUGUCUUGUGUUGUAUUAGCUUUCAUCCACACUUGUGUUGUACGGUAUAUUUAUGUUUUCCUUAAAGGGCAAUAAUUCAAUAAAAAACAGCUAUGCAA